AUGGCAUUUGGUGAUUUCAACUCGCUAUGCCACAACACGCCACUCCCGUUGUGCCAGGUUGUGAAGGCAACGACGAGCGAGCAGUUCACGCACCUGAACGAAGGGAUCAUCCCUGAGUGCUACGCCCGUCCGAUAGACGUUGCCAAUACCGUGAUAUUCCAGAUUGGUAACGCCUUUGUCAACAUUGGUGCCCUCGUGAUCAUGAUCAUCAUCAUCUACAACGUCAGAUCGAAGUACACAGCUAUCGGAAGACUGGAGAUGCUAUUCUUCUUUUAUUUGAUACUGGCGUUGAUCGUGGCGACUUUGGUUGUUGAUUGCGGCGUGAGCCCUCCUGGAACAGGGUCCUAUCCGUACUUUGUGGCGUUACAACUCGGGUUGGCGUCCGCAUCGUGUUGGUGUUUGAUGAUUUGUGGGUUCUUGGGCUUCAGAAUGUGGGAGGAUGGUACGAAGAAGUCGAUGUGGUUCCUGAGACUCUCAACAUUGGCUCUUUUCAUACUUACUUUUGUAAUCAGCUUGAUCACUUUCAACGAUUGGAUCCUCAACAACACCAUCGACUCGGAGCACACCACAGGGCUGUUCGUUGUGAUAUACGUCUUCAACGCAAUCUUCUUAGCCAUUUAUAUCGUUUCCCAGAUAUUGUUGGCUCUACUGGUGAUAAAGAACUACUGGGUUGUGGGUGUGAUUGGACUUGCGGUGGCAUCAUUCAUCAUUGGCCAAGUGCUCAUGUACGCGUGCUCCAAGCCUAUCUGCGAAGGAGUCAACCACUACAUAGACGGGCUCUUCUUCGGCUCGUUGUGUAACUUGUUCUCCAUCAUGAUGCUGUACAAGUUCUGGGAUAUGACCACUGACGAUGACUUGGAAUUCAGCAUCAGCAUCGAUAAGGACGGCGCAGUGUUAUUCGCUGAGCGUUGA